AUGAACGCUUACAGCCAGACCACUGCCGGGAGAUCCCCCGCUUGUAUCUUAGAUGCGCUCUUCGAUAAUAGUCUCGCCACGCCCCACGAGGCCCACUAUCCCAAUCUGGACGGGGUUCCCCAGCAUCGUGCAGUGGCCACUCCGCUUGACUUCGCGUCCCCUUUGUCCGAGCCGCUGCCUUCUUCAAACACGGGGUCACACCCCUGGUCUCCUCCUCGCGGGUCGUCGAGUACAGGCCGCCUCCCUCAGACGUCGACGCGUCAACAGUCCCCCGUGCCUGCGUAUCCUCCCUCCGCAUUCUCGCUCUCGCCAGUCAUGGAUUCCUUCGCGCACAUGUCGCUUUCCAGCCCCAAGCCCGCCCCGUCCCGCGUCGGCAGUUCGCGCACCUCACCCGGCUACUCCUCCGCCCAGGAUUCCGACGAGGACAAUGGGGACGGGAGCGACGGCGAGUACACCCCCAGGACGCCCACCCGCCCACGACGCUACAGCCCAUACGACACCGGCGCGAGCCCUCCCACCUCCCCGCGCCGCGCCAGCCGCGGCAACACCUCGCCCGUCCAGAGCGCGUCUGGGAGCACCAGCAGCGGCCGCUCGCGUCCGCGCAACCAGCAGACGGACGUCUCGAGCGAACAGCGCAAGCGCGGCAUCGACAGGCGCGUCUGCCCCGUGUGCGACUUCAAGCCCGCGAGCGGCCGCAAGCCCGACCUGAUGCGCCAUAUCGAAACGCACCAGUCCGAAGACAGCCACGAGAAGUGGGUCUGCUGUGGGGUACCCGUGGCCAAGGCGCGCUCGGUCACGCUCGCGCCGGGGUCGAAGCCGUAUUUGCACAAGGGGCACAAGAUGAUCGGCGGGUGUUUGCAGGGCUUCAGCAGGAAGGACGCCCUUCAGCGACACCUGAAGAACCAGAGCUUGCCGUGCGCUGGAACCAUCGAAUUCGCCGAGCGGAUGAGCGAGCUGUGA